UUGCUGCUUUGCUAACGAUUUGAGCCUCCAACUCCAACACUACCGAUUAUUGAUAACGAUUAUUCAAGUUCCAGCAAUCUAGUUGCAGAAGAAAAAUGGAAUCGAUUCAUCCUCACUUCAAGAGAGAGGUUGGUGAUGUGAUGUGAUUCUUCUUUCCUCGCAGCUAAUUUUGGGAUCAUCUUCGAUUGCUCGACGUAAGAUACUCACAGACAUGGGAUACCAAUUCACUCUCAUGAGUGCUGAUAUUGAUGAGAAAAGCAUCCGCAAAGAUAAACCUGAGGAGUUGGUUUUGGCUUUAGCUGAGGCAAAGGCUGAAGCAAUCAUGCGGCGGAUCCCUGAUGGUGACAACAUAGAGGAGGAUAAGUCGACCUUACUUAUUACUUGUGACCAAGUGGUAGUCUAUGAAGAUGCCGUCAGAGAGAAACCCUCGAGUGUCGAAGAGGCAAGGGAGUACAUAAGAGGCUAUUCCAAGGGACACACAGCAACAGUGAGUUCUGUGGCUGUGACAAAUCUCAAAACAGGACUCAGAAAAUCCGGCGUUGAUAGAGUGGAGACCUAUUUCAAUGAAAUACCGGAGGAGACUAUCGAGAAACUGAUUGAGGAAGGCACAGUGCUUAAGGUGGCUGGUGCACUCCUAAUCGAACAUCCUCUAAUAUUGCCAUGCGUUAAGGAAGUGGCUGGGACAACCGAUAGCGUGAUGGGUCUGCCCAAAGAAUUGACUGAGAAACUGAUAAAGGAAGUAUUGGCAAUGGCAAGCAUUUAGCUAAUACGUUCCUGGUCUCUCAGACAUAGAAACAUGAACAACAGAACAAGUAUUUUUUAAAACUAGUUUAUUGAAGUUGUGUUUUUUUUUUU